CAACACGUCGUAAAUAUGUGUUGCUUGUGUGCGAGCGUGCGCGCGCAGACGAUAGUCCGACUAUCCCCUCUCCAACCCCCACCAUCGCGGCAGCAUACGGGUAAACGUUCCCGAACGGCAUCACUGGCACGAAUCGCGGAGAGGUUAGGAUCUCUGUUUCCUCACCUACCAUUGGUCCCUUCGCCCGGGAUCCGGCGUGGAGCCAACGGCAAGAGCCAAUGGCCUUCGGGCAUCGUCGAGCAGUUAACCCAUUUCGUGUCGUGGCGUAGCAGCGCGAACACGUGUUGUUUCGGAAUGGCGAAGAAGAAACUGAAGCAGAAGGAAGACGAGGUGGAGGAGGUUACGUCGGACGAACCUGCCGCUAAAAAGGUGAAAUGGAUCAACAGACAACGGGUGCUGGUGUUUGCGACUCGAGGUAUCAACCACAGGCAUCGACAUCUCAUGGAGGACCUGAGAAAACUGAUGCCGCAUCACCGUGCGGAGUGCAAGAUGGAACGCAGCAAGAACCUGCAAGUGGUGAACGAGAUGUGCGAGAUGAAGCACUGCAACAAGGCUGUCCUGUUCGAAGGCCGGAUGAAGCGAGAUCUUUACGUGUGGCUCGCCAAUGUGCCCACUGGCGCGAGCGCAAAGUUUCUUGUAGAGAAUAUUCAUACAAUGGAAGAGUUGAAGAUGACAGGAAACUGCUUGAGGGGCUCUCGGCCGUUACUGUCGUUUGAUGAAAAUUUUACCACUCACGCGCACUACAUUCUUCUGAAGGAAUUGCUGACGCAGAUCUUUAGUGUGCCAAAUCACCAUCCUAAAAGCCAGCCGUUCAUCGAUCAUUUAUACACGUUUACUAUUCUGGACAACAGGAUAUGGUUUCGAAAUUUCCAAAUCUUAACGGAGGACGGCGCAUUGACCGAAAUUGGCCCGAGGUUCGUCUUGAAUCCGGUCAAGAUAUUCGGUGGGAGUUUCGGCAGUGACACCUUGUGGGAUAAUCCCCAUUAUAUUUCCCCUGCUAAGUUUCGGCAAUCCUUGAAGAAAGCUGCUAAUAAGUAUAUGUAAAAAGUGUAGUCUUAAUAAAUGUUCAACUAUUACUGUA